GCACCCAAAAAAAGCCAGAAAUUGAACAGUUUCAAGAGAUCCCUUUGAUUCUUUUCUUCUUUUUUUGGGAAAAAAAUGGACUCUAAAAGAACUUCAAAUGCAGCCAUUUUUCUUGUCCUAAACCUUGUUUUCUUCGCCUUUGUUAACGUAUGCCACGCCUGUGACGAUCAUGCUCCGAAGCCGAAGCCGAAGCCUUACCCUAACCCUAACCCUACUCCAGUAGUCAAGAGCUGCCCUAGAGAUGCCCUAAAGCUUGGUGUGUGCACGAAACUGCUGAACGGACCGGUCAGUGCGCUCGUUGGGUCCUUGCCGAACACCCAAUGCUGCUCACUGCUCGAUGGACUUAUCGACCUCGAAGCAGCCGUGUGUCUUUGCACAGCCAUCAAAGCCAACAUUCUUGGUAUUAACAUUAACAUUCCCAUUUCUUUGAGCUUGCUUGUCAAUGUAUGUGGAAAGAAGGUUCCCUCCGAAUUCCAGUGUGCUUAAGGCAUUAAUAUUCACUGUGUUCUGCCUUUCUUAUUGAUAGCUUUGUGGUAAUCUCUAUGGAGAUAAGCUGUGUGCUUCCCUUUGUCUAUUUUUCUUUAGUUUGAAUAAUUCCAGUUUGAUAUGUUCUGAUGGAUUAGUGAGUGCUGAAAACUUCAAGCACUUGACUUGUAAUUCUUGUAGUCAUUUGUCGGUUGGUUCCUUAAAUUAAUGAUUGUGUGACGAAGAUUUAGUCAUGUAUGUUUUGU